AUGCUAGACGAGGCGAAUGGGGUAUUGAAUGCCGGAGGCAGCAACUUGUCUGUCGUUCUCAACCCAAAGCUUGUGACUCACAGAGAAGAGGAUGCAGGCGUCAUUGUGGAUAAACCACAGAGCGCAUCGGCUCCUUUUGCAUCGACGCCAAAAGAGGUUGCACACCGCAGGCCAAAGCAGGGGGCGAGGGCGACGUCGAAUGCGGCCGUUUCAGCAAGAGGCCUGGAUCGGUCGCGGAGUCGAAAUGCUUCUGUACCUCCUAUGGGUCGUCCUGGGUUAAGGCAUGCUAACCCGUUUGCGAAGCGCUACAGUCAUGUCCAUUCGGUGGUGAAGGAUCUCAUUGAGGAAAAGAUUUCUCCUAUUGAUGCGCAGUAUGGAAGACCUGUAGAAAAGCAGCACUUAGAGAGCAUCGCGCCUGCUUCCACUUGCUGGUCACCGCUUAUUCGCAGGAGUCUUUAUAGCACGGCUCAUAGCGGUAGCGGGUUCGUGACGCCGCGCAGAUCCUCCAACUCCAGCUUGCAGAAGUCGAGUCUAAACAUGUCUAAAAACUCCACGCCGUUCCGCAGUUCAUCACACACAGUUGUGCGGCGCCGGACCAAUGUAGCCCCCAAGGCAUCUUCAUCGCGAACUGAACGAAGCCCUGAGAGGGUUGAAUUAGAGACGCCCCCCAGGCGCAACAUUUCGGAGUACGCGUACGUUUCGAAAGUUGUGGAUAAGCUUCAUAGCGCAAGGGUUCCCUAUAAUCACGUGCCACAGUGUGCGCAGAAAAUCCCUGAACGCCUUAAGUACCGCCCAUCACCGUCACCGCCCGAUGCGCCUCAUUCUCCAGACAAUGCUGAGACAGAGCAGAAGGUCUCAUCAAGUAGGAGAAAGAAUAACACACCCACAUCGUUGAAAAGAAGCAGCUUAAGGCAGACACCAUUGGCCAGUGACAGUCCUCGCAACCAGACGGCCAGCAAAGGAACUCGUGACCUUUAUUGCAACAAGCACCAUGCAAUGUUGGAUGGAACUGCUUUAUCCAAUGUGGCCGCUUUCUCCCCAGGCAGACACAGUGUGUCAGCAGAGGAAAAGAAAACACGUUACGCUAGCUCCGGUCACCGCUUACUGAGAGCGAAAAUAAAGAUGUUUGAGACCGGAGCAACUGAAGAAGAAUGUGAACAAAAGCCUCUCCUUGGGCUUGAACGGCUGUUGCUUUUCGAUACUGAGCCUCCAUGCUUACUUAAGUAG